ACUUUGGCAGUAAAUUGGCAACGCAGCCGUGUUUACAUGGUUGUACCGCGUGGUGCCUCGUGAGUCACGCCCCUCCCGGCGGGCCGCUGUAACGUGAUGACGUCGCCGGCACGUAAUGUUGUCGGGCUGGAGAUUUCGCGGCGAUGGCGACGGAGGCUCGGCGCUGGAAAGGGACGCGCUGAAAGCAGGGCUUUUCGCCUGGAUAUGACGAAUGCGUAUUUGUCGGAGACCGCGUUGCUCUUCAGUUACUCCGUCGGCUUCGGAUAAAGCUGUGGCCGCGGACUUCUCGGCGCUCGCCUGACUGAUUUCCGUGUCUUGCUUGUGAGCGUCUCUGAACACAUUUACCAGGACUGCAAACUGUUCGUUGCCAACUAUCUGCGACAUAACCGAGCCGGAGUUCCUUGUUGGGAGACCCACGCUCCUUCCCAGGAGCCAUGGAGGAGGAGGGGCAGCAGAGCCUGGAGUGUAUCCAGGCCAAUCAGAUCUUCCCUAAGAAGUCCCCGGUGCUGGAGGAGGAAAACAUGCAGGUGCCCUUUCCUGAGCUGCACGGCGAGUUCACAGAGUAUGUGGGGAGAGCCGAGGACGCCAUCAUCGCAAUGUCCAACUAUCGCCUGCACAUUAAGUUCAAAGAGUCCAUUGUCAACAGUUGUUGUUGUGAGGUCUCAGUCCCCCUGCAGCUGAUUGAGUGUGUAGAGGGCCGGGACAUGUUUCAGCUUCACGUCACCUGUAAGGACUGCAAGGUUGUCAGGUGCCAGUUCUCCACCUUUGAGCAGUGCCAGGAGUGGCUGAAACGUCUGAACGCGGCAGUCAGGCCGCCCUCGCGCUUAGAGGACCUCUUCUCCUUCGCCUUCCACGCCUGGUGCAUGGAGGUGUACGCCGGUGAGAAGGAGCAGCACGGCGAGCUCUGCAGGCCAGGGGAACAUGUGACCUCGUGGUUCAAGAACGAGGUGGAAAGGAUGGGCUUUGACACGCAGAACGCCUGGAGGAUAUCGGACAUCAACAGCAAGUUCAGGCUCUGCCCCAGCUAUCCUCAGCAGCUCCUGGUGCCAGCCUGGAUCACUGACAAGGAGCUGGAAAACGUGGCCGCCUUCCGCUCCUGGAAGAGGUUUCCCGCCGUGGUUUACAGGCACCAGAGCACAGGAGCGGUGAUCGCCCGCUGCGGCCAACCAGAAGUCAGCUGGUGGGGAUGGAGGAACGCCGACGACGAGCACCUGGUCCAGUCCAUCGCCAAGGCGUGCGCCGUGGACGGCAGCGGUCGCAAACAUCUCGCUAACGGCAGCUACACCAACGGCUCAGACCUGCCUGAGAGCGAUUUCGAUUCGUCCAUGACCAACAGCUCAGAGGUGGAGACUCUGGCCAUCCAGCCCCACAAACUGCUGAUCCUGGACGCUAGGUCGUACGCGGCGGCCGUGGCUAAUAGGGCUAAGGGGGGAGGCUGUGAAUGCCCAGAGUACUAUCCCAACUGCGAGGUGGUAUUCAUGGGAAUGGCCAACAUCCACUCCAUCCGUAAGAGUUUCCAGUCACUGCGUUUCCUCUGCACUCAGAUGCCGGAUCCAGCCAACUGGCUUUCUGCGCUGGAGAGCACCAAGUGGCUGCAGCACCUGUCUCUGCUGCUGAAGGCGGCCCUGCUGGUGGUCAAUGCAGUGGACAGAGACCACAGACCCGUGUUGGUGCAUUGCUCCGAUGGCUGGGACCGCACGCCGCAGAUCGUUGCUCUGUCCAAACUGCUUUUGGACCCUUACUAUCGCACCAUCGAGGGCUUCCAGGUGUUGGUGGAAACAGAGUGGCUGGACUUUGGCCACAAGUUCGCCGACCGCUGUGGUCACGGGGAGAACUCCGAGGACCUGAACGAGCGCUGCCCCGUCUUCCUGCAGUGGCUGGACUGCGUUCACCAGCUGCAGAGGCAAUUUCCCUGCUCCUUCGAGUUCAACGAGGCCUUCCUGGUGAAGCUGGUGCAGCACACCUACUCCUGUCUCUUCGGCACCUUCCUGUGUAACAGCGGCAAGGAGAGAGAGGAUCGGCACGUUCAGGAGAGAACCUGCUCCGUGUGGUCACUGCUCCGGCCAGCCAACCGCACGCUGAGAAACAUGCUGUACUCCUCCCACUCUGAAACCGUUCUCCACCCCGUGUGUCACGUGAGGAACCUGAUGCUGUGGACGGCCGUCUACCUUCCCAGCUCCUCUCCCACCACGCCCUCCGACGACUCCUGCGCUCCGUAUCCCGUGCCCGGUGCCAACCCGGAGGAUGCGCCCCUGGGCAGACGUCCAAAAACUCGCUCUUUUGACAACCUGCCCAGUGCAUGUGAGCUGGGAAGCGCGCUGGCUCCCAACCGCCGCUCCAGCGACCCCAGCCUCAACGAGAAGUGGCAGGACCACCGGCGCUCUCUGGAGCUCAACAUGGCAGUGGGCCCUGAGGGAGGGGGGAAUCAGGAGUUUCAGCCCAACGCAGACGGGCCUGGUGCAGACGGACAGCACUCUGAGUUGGGCGACGGUCCGCAGACCCAGGAGUCCCCGGCCGGCCUGCGACAGGACGCGCCUGUAAGCCCGGCAGGAGAGGAAGUAAAGGAGGUGGAACUCUCUGUGGUGGUCGGCGUGGCUGAGGGACAAAUGGAGAAUAUCCUUCAGGACGCCACAGAGGACGCAGGAGCAGACAUGCAGGGACCGAGCCCCGCUGCAGGCGUUACGGCUGCUGACGCAGCAGUGAAGUGGGAAGUAGAAAGUGAGAGGGAGAACCUGCUGACGGUGGUUAACGGGGCUGAGAUGCAGAGAGACAUAAUUGCAAAUGGUCACCAUCCUGAAAACGGUGGGACGGAGGCUGAGGACGACGGCCAUUCUGCUCCUUGGCCUUCACAGAAGGAAGAGGGGCUCCAUCAGGAGCCGGCCGACGACGCUCAGACAGCAGAGGGCGCUGUGGAGCAGGGUGCAGAGCGACCUUCUGUAGAAGAGGAGCCCAGCUCAGGAGAGCAGCAGCCGUCAGCGGCCCUCAGAACUGUGACUAACGGCUUUGUGGACAGCUCACCUGAGGAGCAGGACGUAGAUGAAGCCUGUCCCGUCUCUGAACCUGAGCACGGCGGCCCACAGCUGGGAGAACAGGGGGACAAGAGGGGCUCCCUGAUGGAGAGCUCCACAGAGACAUUAACUGAAGAGGCCUGCAGCAAACUGGAGCUUUCAGCUCAACAAAGUGUUUUAGCCGACCGCCAGCCGCACGGCGAUGGGAGGAGCCAGCAUCCCUGCUUCAGGAAGGACAAGGAGGCGGCUGAGCACGGCUUCAGCAGAACUUUAAACGGCGGCAGCAAGCACUCCUCAGUCGGUGCCUUUCAAUCUGCAAGUGCUGAGCUAAGCAGGGAGGGCUUGCAUAACGGAGACUGCUCCGACGGAGACCCCUGCGUCGGGCCUCACUGGUCCAAAGGGACCGGGGAGCGGGCCCCUCUGAGCAGGCAGGUCUCCCUCGCCAGCUGCAACUCCCUGAUCCUCCACCCGCGAGGCUUUUGCUCCCAGCACCGCUGGUGCCACGCCGUGCUGAGCCGGGCCACCGUCAGCCCGGAGCAGCCCGCCCGCAGCCACCUGGACGACGACGGGCUGACCCUGCACACGGACGCCAUCCAGCAGAGGCUCAGGCAGAUCGAGGCGGGCCACCAGAUGGAGGUGGAGACGCUGAAGAAGCAGGUGCAGGAGCUGUGGAGUCGGCUGGAGAACCAGCAGCACGCCGGCUCUCACAGGAUCAACGGAGACGUGGGAGAUGAAGUGACCUCGACCACCGACUCCGAGUACAACCUGGACCCAAACUGUUUGUCGCGCUGCAGCACAGAGCUCUUCUCAGAGGCCAGCUGGGAGCAGGUGGACAAGCAGGACACUGAGGUGACUCGCUGGUACCCCGAUCAUUUGGCCGCCCAGUGUUACGGCUGCGAGAGCAGGUUCUGGCUGGCCACAAGGAAGCAUCAUUGCAGUGGCAGAGAGGCUGUCCAGGAGGUCUGGAACUGCGGUAACGUGUUCUGUGCCAGCUGUUGCGACCAAAAGAUGCCAGUGCCAAGCCAGCAGCUGUUUGAGCCUUGCCGCGUCUGUAAGAACUGCUACAGCAGCCUUCAGCUCAGCUCGGCUCCUCUCGACCACGAGCUGGAGAAACCCAUCACGGCGAGCUCCAACUGAGGGACGGCCGACGGGAACGCAGAGGAGCCGGGCCGAGCCGCCUGCCGCCGCCGCCGCUCAGGAGCGCAGGAUCUACGCAGAAUGUCCCAUUUACUCUGUGUGUGUAUGGCUGGUUCAGAUCUGGAAUUACAAGCGUGUAUAUAUUUAGGAUGACGUGCUGGGAAAGCAACAAGGACUCUGAAUGUCGGUGUCCGUGUGUGUGUGGGGGUGGGAGGCGGGGCAGAGCGCUCACACACAAGGUCAGGGGCGGGGAUGAAACUGCACGUCAAGGAGCGAGAAUGGACUUCCUGGUGCCUUGGCCCGGAAAACGCCGAGAGAAGCGCGUCUCACCGCGUCUGCUGAUGCCAGAAGGAGCACUUUAGGCGAUUGUUACAGCGUCUCGCUACCCAUCAACAUCUAGUCUUAGAUUGAGUUUAGAUUUGUUCUGCUGA